AUGAUGCAGAAUGGAAUAGUACUGGUAAGGUUUGAUGCAGCAGAGGGAAAAAAUGAAGUCAUUCAUGGGGGUAUCUACCACUUUGAUAAUAAGCCUCUAAUUGUGAAGUUAUGGAGUACAGAUAUGGAAUUCACCAGAGAUGAAUUGUACUCUGUUCCAAUCUGGAUUAAACUGCCCGGAUUAGACUUCAAAUAUUGGAGUGCAAAGGGCUUGAGCAAACUUGGGAGUCUGGUGGGGAAACCACUGAUGGUUGAUAGAAAUACAGAACGAAAAAUACGGCUGAAUUUCGCUAGAUUACUGGUGAAAGUGCAGAUUAAUACUCCAUUGCCUGAUGUGGUCUUGUUCAAAAACGAAAGAGGAAAGGUUGUUGAGCAAAAAGUUACAUACGAUUGGAAGCCAUCGAUAUGUAAAGUGUGUCACAAGUAUGGUCAUACUAAGGAUAUAUGUAGGAGGAAUAAGAAAAAUAUAUCAGAAGUUAAUGAGGGAAAAGGUCAUGAGGCAACACAAGUUGUAGAACAAACAAAAGAGGAAGGGGGGAACAGGGUAUCGAGGGAAGAUGUUAGAGCAGGGGAUCCUGCAGCUGGGAAGGGAGGUGGCUGGAGAAGACCAUAUAACCAAGGUGGGAGGGGUGGGGGCUGGAGAAGGCCACAGAAUGGAGGUGCAAGGCAAGCUCAGAAAACAAACGCAAUUGGCGGAGGGGCCAGCAGUAGUGUUGGAAUAGCAGGUGCUACAGGGGAAGUUACUGUCCCGGUCGCAAAUACUUUUCAACCACUUGGGAGGGAGGGGAAAGUAUCUAACAAGGAACAAGCUGAAGUUGGGAGGGGUAAUCAAGAGGCUCCUCCGGGGGAUGGUUAA